GCACCUGCCACCAUGCCUGGCUAAUUUUUUUGUAUUGUUAGUAGAGAUGGGGUUUCACCGUGUUAGCCAGGAUGGUCUCGAUCCCCUGAUCUCGUGAAUCCGCCCACCUCGGCCUCCCAAAGUGCUGGGAUUACAGGCGUGAGCCACUGUGCCCGGCCCUUUUGGCGUCUGUUUCAAAGUUCCCAGGGAGGAGCCGGGCAGGUCAGCGGUGUCGGCGCUGAGGCCAGGUGAGGGCCUGGCUGAUGUGGAGUUCAGCUGGCCUGGCGGAGACAAUGUUGGCUGCUUUAGUGCAGGGGUGGGGAGGCAGCAAAGAAUGGCAACUUUGUCAAUUUAAUCUCUAUGCCUCCAGUUUCACUUGUAGCCCCAUUGUGCCUUGUUUCGAGCCAGUGAUUCCCGAGAUUUAUUUAUUAUGAUUAUAUUUUCAAGUACAGGAUUCUGUUGAAUCAGCCAUCUGGCGAAAUGUUUGAAACUGAUUUCUUUCACUUUUCAUUGACUUGCUGCGGUUCCUAGGAGGGGUGGCUUCUCUCCAGGACUUCUGACCCUGUUAGCUGGUGCUGGUGGAUUUUACUUCUUGAAUUUUUGCACAAGUGAUCCUUAUGUGAAAUUUAAGCUGACUGGGAAGGUGCUGUACAAAAGUAAAGUCAUAUAUAAGAACUUGAACCCAGUUUGGGAUGAGAUAGUUGUAUUGCCAAUACAAAGCCUUGAUCAAAAGCUACAUGUGAAGGUAUAUGAUUGAGAUUUAACCACAUCUGAUUUCAUGGGUCCUGCAUUUGUCAUUCUCAGUGAUCUUGAGCUUAACAGAACAACUGAACAUAUUUUAAGACUGGAAGAUCCAAACAGUUUAGAAGAUGACAUGGGAGUGAUCAUCUUAAAUUUGAACCUAGUGGUAAAACAGGGUGAUUUCAAGAGACAUUCCUCUUUGAUAUGCAACCUACGGCUCUCUGAGUCCUUGAAAAGAAACCAGCUCUGGAACGGGAUUAUAAUUAUAACUUUGUUGGAAGGGAAGACUGUCUCAGGAGGAAGCAUGACAGAAAUCUUUGUCCAGUUAAAACUGGGAGAUCAGAGGAUGGGCAUUUUGGACAUUGAAGUGUGGAGAGAGGACAGUAAAAAGCAUGAGGAAAGUCUGGGCAGGUGUAAAGUGGAUAUCUCCACACCCCCUCUGAAGCAAGCCAACUGCCUGGAGCUGCUGCUGGACAGCUGUCUGGGGACAGCGAAAGAAAGCAGAUUACCCAGCCAUAGAGUCCCUCUCUGUGGCCCAGUCUGGAGUGCAGCAGCGCCAUCAUAGCUCACUGCCACCUCCACCUCGGGCUCUAGCAUCAGCCUUCAGGGUAGCUGGGACUACCCGCGGGGCCCACCACGCCCGCCUGAUCUUUGUGGUUUUUGUUUUGUUUUUCAGUUUAGAGGCCCGGUUUCGGUGGUGAAUCAGGCCUGCAGUUUUAGCACUUUGGGAGGCCGAGGCAGGUGGAUCACUGAGGUCGGAAGCUCCAGAUCAGCCUGACCAACAUGCAGAAACCCCAUCUCUACUAAAAAUACAAAAUUAGUCAGGCAUGGUGGCACAUGCCUGUAAUCCCAGCCACUAGGGAGACUGAGGCAGGAGAGUCCCCUAAACCUAGAGGCGGAGGUUGCAGUAAGCCGAAAUCACACCAUUGCACUCCAGCCAGGGCAACAAGAGUGAAACUUCGUCUCAAAACAAAAAACAAAACAAAACAAAAAAACAGAAAAACAAAAAAACAAAAAAUAAAACAACAUAAAAAUAAAGAAACCGGGUUUCACCAUGUUGCCCAGGCCGGUCUGGAACUCCUAGGAUCAAGUGAUCCCUGGCGCUCGACCGUCCAAGGUCCUGAAACUAUA